AUGUCUACCCUCCCACGGUUCCUUGCUCUAAACACCAAGCGCAGCUAUAACGUAGUCGUCCAAAGAGCCGAUCUCGCUAGUGAAAUUGCUUUGGAUACAACAACUGAUAAAUUCCCCCGCGUACUUGCUACAUCCAAGUUGAUCGCAUUCAUGGAGAUCGCUGCAGCACGGCUCCUCCAGUCAUGUCUGGAUGAGAAACAGCUGUCUGUGGGAACACGAGUGGACGUCGCUCAUUCUGCGCCUACGCCUGUUGGCGGUAAAGUUACAGCGACAGCUGAAUUUGUUGGGACGAAUGGCAAGAUCUUUCAAUUUGAGGUCGUUGCGAGGGAUGAGGCAGGCGAGAUCGGUCGCGGGACGCAUGAGAGGGCAAUUGUGGAUGUUGAAAGGUUGGAGGGUGUUGCAACGAAAAGGAGUAUAGUGUUUAAGUGA